AUGAGGUCCAAACGGAAACUUGAUCCGAGUCAGGACGGGAAGGGCCGUUUGGAAUGCAUGGCGCAGGGAAAUCCGAUACAGGAAGUAGGUAUUCUCCUCAAUCUACUGUGGGCAGCAUUUCUCUCAGUCUACUAUCAUCCUCCUAAGCAGGUGUACACAAAGGCGACAGUCAUGACGCCGCAGCAGGAACUCCUUAUUGCGAGGUUAAGGAUACAACUGACUUUGGAAUCCUAUCAAGAGCAUCGUCGAUUCUUGUAA